CCUGGAAACAGACGUUUCGGCCACAGACCGGAGAGGAGGAGCUGGAGCUCAGGAGGCGUGAGUCGCCCGAGUUUGCAGAGUCCGUGGUGUGAAUGAACUGGGGGCACCUGGGCGCAGGGAUCGCCCCCCUCCCUUCCCCCGCCUCGGGCCAGAGUAGAGUAGUGGGGCAUUUUUUUUUCAUCCUCUGUGAAGAAUUUUUUUUUAUUAUUUGUUGUAAAGUCUUUUGCACAAUCACGCCCACAUUUGGGGUUGGAAAGCCCUAAUUACCACCGUCGCUGAUGGACGUUGGAGAGGGAGCGCCUCGCCGCGGAACAGUCGCCUGCGCGCCCUUGCCGGACCGCGGCUCCUUCACUGCGUCCCGGAGCAGCUCUGCCCUUGCUGCGGGCCGGCGUGCGUCGGCACCCCCUCGGUUCCCGGGCUCUGCUCAGCGCCACCCUACCUCGAGAUCCCAGGCCUGGGCGCCAGCGCCUGCUUUGGCUCCGGUUCACUGCGCCCACCCGACGCGCCCAGGAGGACUCCGCAACUCUGCUCCGGAGAGUCCCGCCAGGUUUAACCCGGCCGCUCCGCCUGGAUUCCUUGGCUGCCCUCGCUCGGGUGGCGACUUCCUCCCCGCGCCCCCUCCCCCUCGCCAUGAAGAAGUCGAUUGGAAUAUUAAGUCCAGCAAUGGCUUUGGGGACGGCUGGAGGUACAAUGUCUUCCAAGUUCUUCCUUAUGGCUUUGGCCGUAUUUUUCUCCUUCGCCCAGGUUGUAAUUGAAGCCAAUUCUUGGUGGUCGCUAGGUAUGAAUAACCCUGUUCAGAUGUCAGAAGUAUAUAUCAUAGGAGCACAGCCUCUUUGCAGCCAACUGGCAGGACUUUCUCAAGGACAGAAGAAACUGUGCCACUUGUAUCAGGACCACAUGCAGUACAUUGGAGAAGGUGCGAAGACAGGCAUCAAGGAAUGCCAGUAUCAGUUCCGACACCGAAGAUGGAACUGCAGCACAGUGGACAACACCUCCGUGUUUGGCAGAGUUAUGCAGAUAGGCAGCCGGGAGACGGCCUUCACUUACGCAGUGAGCGCGGCGGGGGUGGUGAACGCCAUGAGCCGUGCGUGCCGCGAGGGCGAGCUGUCCACCUGCGGCUGCAGCCGCGCUGCGCGCCCCAAGGACUUGCCGCGGGACUGGCUGUGGGGCGGCUGCGGGGACAACAUCGACUACGGCUACCGCUUCGCCAAGGAGUUCGUGGAUGCGCGCGAGCGGGAGCGCAUCCACGCCAAGGGCUCCUACGAGAGCGCGCGCAUCCUCAUGAACUUGCACAACAACGAGGCAGGCCGCAGGACGGUGUACAAUCUGGCUGACGUGGCUUGCAAGUGCCACGGAGUGUCGGGCUCAUGUAGUCUCAAGACGUGCUGGCUACAGCUGGCUGACUUCCGCAAGGUGGGCGAUGCACUGAAGGAAAAGUAUGACAGCGCCGCAGCCAUGCGCCUCAACAGCCGGGGCAAGCUGGUACAGGUCAACAGUCGCUUCAACUCACCCACCACCCAGGAUCUGGUCUACAUCGACCCCAGCCCUGACUACUGCGUGCGCAACGAGAGCACGGGUUCCCUGGGCACACAGGGCCGCCUGUGCAACAAGACGUCAGAGGGCAUGGACGGCUGUGAGCUCAUGUGCUGUGGUCGAGGCUAUGACCAGUUCAAGACCGUGCAGACGGAGCGCUGUCAUUGCAAGUUCCAUUGGUGCUGCUAUGUGAAGUGUAAGAAGUGCACAGAAAUCGUGGACCAGUUUGUAUGCAAAUAGUGGGCGCCUGCUCGCCACCCAACCCCGCUUCCCAGGAUCCACUUAUUUAUAGAAAGUACAGUGAUUUUGGUUCUCUCUCUUCUUAAAUAUAUAUAUAUAUAUACAUACAUAUAUAUAUAUUUUAAUUUUCCCCCAAAAACCACGACCAGAAGCAUAUUUUUCUGUUACAUCUAAGAACUCUGUGGAUUAUUAAUUAAUAUUAUAAUUAUUACUUGGCAAUAAUAGGGGUGGGAAUCAAGAAAAAUAUUUAUUUUAUAGAUCUCUGAAAACCUUCUUCUGAUAGUGUAAGAUGAAGGGGAGAUGACUCAGACCCUAACUCAGCCAUCUGGAUGGGGUAGGCAUCCACAGGUACAGAAAAUCCAUUCUUUUUGUCUCAAUUACAGAGUCCCAUGGGAUGGGUAGGACUCAGCUGGAAGAGGGCGGUACAAAUCUAUGCAUGAUUCAGCUUCUAGGACCAAAAUGAAUUGUUAAUACUCUGGUGUGAGACUGAAGGUCUUGAAAAAAAAUACAAAAGCCAAAAUUCAGAGCCCCCCCCCCGUUUUCAAAGGGCUGCCAGCCUGCUUUUUUUAAAACAAGUAUUUUCAAAAUUAUUGCUUAAAUUGUAAGAGCAAUAGUCUCAUUAUAUCCAGAGUUAAGGCAUAUCAUGUGUGUGUGUGUGUGUGUGUGUAUGUGUGUGCGUGUGUGCGUGUGUGCGCAUGCGUGUGUAAUUCCCCAGUAUUUCAUCAUUUGAUGAUCUUAUUCUAGUAGCUUAUGAAACAGGGAAAAGAAAAGUUCUCAGAAAUUAAAAAAGUUUGAAAGUUCUUUUGGGACCAUGAAUUGGUAGUGUUAAAUAAUUCUGUGUACUAGACUUUGUUGUUGUUGUUGUUGCUUGUUUGGGAAGAGGGUGAUAGCUUGAAUAUAAGAACAAUAGCUUGUCAUUUUCUUAGAAAUACUUGGUUCCUAAAGGCUAAUUGAAGGUAAUACAUCAAUUCUUUUAACAAAUCUUCAGCCCACAGAUCACAGGUGAUCAUAUGCAGUUCAGUCCUGUGCUAUAGCAGUCAAAAUUUGAAAUCUUUCUUCCUACUGGGCCCCAAAGAGUCUUUGGUCCCUCUUUGUUGUGUGAGCUUUGGCACACAUGCCAAGGGCAGCUCCGCUCCUCUGGACCCCCUUUGUAGGACAGGAAGUGGAAUGUCUGCUAAGAAAACUGCCACUUAGGGAUUUUGUAACUUUUUAUUCGGAGGCACAGUAACUUCAUAGUUUUGAUGAUAUCACUUGGCUGAAGCAAUCCACAGAGGUGUCUCAGCGUUUUGCUGUUAUAAUCCUGUGUUAGAGUAUCGACUCAUGCUUUUCCUAUUAUCCUGCAGGUACUAAAGCUGUUCCUAGUGUACUUGAACAGUUGCAUUUAUAAAGGGUGAGGGGGAAAUGUGGUUUAAUGGUGCCUGAUAUUUCAGUCUUUUGUACAUAACAUAUAUAUAUAUACAUAUAUAAAUAUAAAUAUAAUUAUAUCUCUGUGCAGCCAGCAAUUUAGAUUUAUAGGUGACUCUGGGCUUACUUCUCUGUCUGGAACAUAGUCAUACUUCAUUACAAUACAGUUGGGAUUUUUCUAAAAGAGUUUUGAGUCUCAAGCUUGGUGCGUGGCCCUGACAGGAUCGUACCCCCAGCACCAGGAAGAAAGCUGUGCUCAGAGGAAUCUUGAUGGUCUGACUCACUGAAAUACAUGUUUGUUUGAAGGUUGUCUUUCCCGCCCACCCCCUGUUCUUCACCUCCCUUUCAACAUCCCUCUGAAGAGAGGACAUAAUGGUUCCUCACAGAUGUGACUGUAAAGAGAUCUGGGCGUAUCAUUGUUUCCGUUCACUUAGGACAUCUUGUAGAGUGGAAAUGUAUGUGUCAGAUUUGGUGCUACUUGUCAGAGUCCCCGUUCCUACAUAGCUGGCGUAACUUUUUUUGGUUCCCCAACAAAGGACAUCACUUUUCCAAAAGUGCCAUCAAAUGUGUUCUUCUCUCAGACUGACACUGUUUUAAAGGUUUGGAAAGAUGCAGGUGUUCCGUAGCUUUUCUAGGCAUGGUGGCCUUCAUGCCCCCUCAACCAGCUGGGCUCUUAACUCAUUGCACAGGAUACUUACUUCCCCUCAGCUGCAGUAAAUUGCAAGCAAAAGAAAUCUAAAAAAAAAAAGCACUAAUUAGUUAGAAAUGUCACUUUUUGGUUUUUAUUCUUCAAAAACCAUGAAGUAACUUUUGUUAUUUGCUAAAUCAGAUUGUGUCCUUUUUUUUUUUUUGGUAGCAAUUCAUGUUUAUGAACAGAGUGGAGUUUAACAAUUCUAGCUUUUCAAAAUAAACUAUUUAAUGUAAAAAUAUUCUACAUGUCAUUCAGAUAUUAUGUAUAUCUUUUAUGGCCUUUAUUCUGUACUUUUAAUGUACAUAUUUCUGUCUUGUGUGAUUUGUAUAUUUCUCUGGUUUUAAAGAAAACAUCGAGAGGCUUAUGCCAAUGGAAGAUAGAAUAUAAAAUAAAAUGUUACUUGUAUAUUGGUAAGUGGUUUUAGUUGUCCUUCAUGUGGAGAUUUUUGGUGAACCCAUGGGGUAAAGCAUAGAAGAGCAAAGAACUUUACCCAAAUGAAACUAUUUCGAAGCUUCAAAAGGUUUCUGUAUGUAACAGAACAAAAGGGCAAUUUUCUUUUCUUCUAUAUGUUCCUCAAAAAAAAAAAAA